CAGACCAUGUUUUUUAGAAUGCUCAAUGUCUUCAUUAAAUCAAAAAGUGGACUGGACCCCAAGCAAGGUGAACGUGAACUUUGGACAGUAUAAAAAAACCAGUCAUUGGUACGCGAACAUAUCUUGGACGCCUUUAAAUGAAACUUACGGAAACUGGUCCGGUAUUGUGGUUAAACUUACGGUAAAAAAUGCCCACCCUAUAUUGAAAGGCGUAUAUCCAUCAAGUUGUUCUCAACAUCCGAAGAAUCAAACAUUUCUUCAAGUUAAUCUCUCUUCCUACGGAUAUCUUUUUCCAGAUGUUAUUUAUCUGAGGAUUCUUGCCCUUCCUUACUCUCCAAAAGAGGACAUCUCAGAUGUACUGUCAUUUAAACCACCUGUUCCAACGUCAUCCUCACUUGUAAAUCAAACGACAGCGGGCUCUAAUAAAGUCAUGAAAUAUAUGUCCAGUUCCGUUGGUAUCGUUGCUGGUGUCUUGGCAGUAGUAUUGGCUGGUGUUUGCCACAAAACAUUUACCAGAAUCUGUUUACAACACAGGGGAUCUAGAUACAGCCGUCCAUCUGGUGAUAUCGAGCCUGAAAAUCAUGAGGUAUUCAUAAUUUUUAAUGGUGAUGAUAAUGAAUGGGUGAAAGAUGAGCUCCUGCCCCUCCUUGAAGGACAGCAUGGGUUCAAAUGCCGAGUCCAUUACAGAGACUUCAGAGCUGGUGGUGUUAUUUAUGAACUGAUGUCGGAUAGUAUUAGUAAAAGUUACAAAAAUGUAGUAGUUUACUCGAGGAACUUUUUGAAAAGUGGCUUUUGUGAUUUUGAACUGAAUCAAGCAAAGCAUAGACUUCUCAGAAAAAAUGACGACAGUUUGGUCAUUAUAAGAAAAGAUGACGUAGAUUUAAGAUCGCUUCCUGAAGAUCUGCGAGAAAGAAGUGUUAUCGACUAUGGCAGUAAUCAUGAAAAACCUCACUGGGAAAGAAAACUCAUCGAGUUUCUCAAGAAGCCUAACAAAAACAGGCAUGAAAGCCAGAUACAGUAGUAUCCUCCAUAGACGACGUCGACCCGAUCAGAGAAGGAGAAGAAGUUUUCUAAGAAACAAUUCCGAA